AUGAUACCAUCUCGCGCGGCUGACAACUUCCUCCAAGCAAGCAGGCGAUUCCGUCAAUCUAGUGCCUCGGAUGAAACGUGCUCUACGUCGCUCACUCCAUUUCGUAGAGAUGUUUUCGAUCAUGGUGGUGGCCACUCGGUUUUGCCGGAUUCGGUUAUUGGUCGCGGUGAUGAUUUUCAACGACGGCGAGAUACUUCCCUUCAAUCUCGUCAUCCUCGUGUAAAAAUGGAGUUUCCUUGCUUUGUUGAUGGUGCUCCGUGGGGAUGGGUUUACACAGUGGAGUGCCCCUUUGCCUAUUUUGUUAUUACUGAUGCGAAGAAGUUGAAGAUGGCUUUCACAGUCAUGGUUCAACUUCAGCCAAUUCUGGUGAAAAUUGUAACAAUUAUUUUUAGGUUCUUGAAAAAUGCUUUGAUUGACAAGUAUGGAAAGUGUGGAAGCAUUGAGGAAGCCUGUGAAAUAUUCUCAGAGAUGACUGGAAAAAAUGUGUUUGCUGCUAUGACAGCUGCACAUGCCAUGGAAGGGCAAGUCCGGAAAGCUGUUGAUCUCUACUCAGAAAUGGAAGCUCUAGUAAUAAAGUCAGAUCAUGUCACUUUCGUAGCUCUUCCAUCUGCUUGUAGCCAUGGAGACUUAGUCAAUGAAGGGUACACAUACUUCAACAAGAUGCGUAGUGUCUACAGUAUUGUUCCUAAGAUCCAGCAAGCACUAUGGCUUAGAGUGAGGAAGCAAUCAGGAUGUAGUCUAAUAAAACAAAAUGGAGCUGUGCAUGAAUUUACAGCUUGGGAUUUCUCAAACCCUCAAUUUGCUGAAAUUUAUGCUAUGUUGGAUGAGAUGGCAACAGGGGGAAAUGGUAUUGAGCCAGAGCUUGAGCACUAUGGGUGUGUUGUUGAUCUUCUUGGGCAUGCUGGUCGAGUUGAAGUGGCAUUUGCGUUUAGCACCAACUGCCGCUAUAUGGGGUUCAAUUUUAGGGAGAUGAGAGGAUAUAAGAAUUGUAAGGGAAUUGAUGACAGAGAAGGCCGUGAUAAAGGAGCCAGGAAGAAGUUGGAUUGA